CCAUCUCUCUGUUAUGCCUAGAAUAAUUAGUUAGCAAGGUAGGAAUGUAUUUAAAUAACUGUGAGAAACUCAAUGCUAGGGAAGAAAGAGGAAGAAAGAGAGAGAGGAGGGAGAUCCAUUCUCUCUCUCCUUCUCAUCUCACCAUCCAUGUUUGUCACCAUCACAGCCACCAUUCCUCUCAUUUCUCUUCUUUUUUUCCUUCCUUCCUUCUUGUUGAAAUUAAAAAAAAAUAAAGUUUCAAUAAACCCUACCCAGAAAGUUACCAAUUUUUAAAUUAUUUGCUAUGUCAUUAUUAUCCUAACUUCAUUCUUAUUAUAUAAACACAACCAUAUUUUCCCGGAAUUUGCAGCUUCUUAUUGUUUGUUCUUUCAAGAGCAAGACAUUCUCAUAUCUUAAGGUGCUCUUUUAUACAGAGAAGGAAAAAAAAGGGGAAGAGAACAACAAAUAUCCAGCCAAUCAUUAUUGCUUUAACCUUCAAGGAUGCUUCCUACCAUUUGCAUUCUUUUAAUUUGCCUCUCUACUUCUUUUCUUCUCUUUAUUAGAGCUACUUCCUUCAAUCUCUCCCUUCCCCACCAACACCCUGACCCUGAAGCUGUCGCACAAGAUUUUCAAAGGAGAGUCAAUGCAUCACUAUCAAGAAGACAACUUUUGUCGACUCAAGUAAAGGACCAAUGCCAAACCGGAAAUCCCAUCGACGACUGCUGGCGCUGCGACACCAACUGGGCCAGCAACCGCCAACACUUAGCCGACUGCGUCAUCGGCUUCGGCCAGGGCUCCUUAGGCGGCAGAGGCGGUCAAAUCUACGUCGUUACCGACUCCUCCGACCACGACCCCGCCAACCCAACUCCGGGCACCCUCCGCUACGGCGUCAUCCAAGAUGUACCCCUCUGGAUCAUCUUCUCCACCAGCAUGACCAUUAAGCUCAAACACGAACUCAUUUUCAAUAGCUACAAAACCAUCGACGGCCGUGGAGCAAACGUCCACAUUACAGGCAAUGGAUGUCUCACCCUUCAAUACGUGUCCCACAUAAUUAUCCACAACAUCCACGUCCAUAAUUGCAAGCCGUCAGGAAACACUUAUAUAGCAUCAUCACCAACGCACGUUGGAAGGAGAGGCAGAUCGGACGGUGAUGGAAUCUCCAUCUUUGGGUCCCAGAAAAUAUGGAUUGAUCAUUGCUCUCUAUCAUACUGCACGGAUGGGUUGAUUGAUGCUAUAAUGGGGUCCACUGGGAUCACAAUAUCGAAUAACUAUUUUUCUCAUCAUGAUGAGGUGAUGCUGCUGGGCCACGAUGAUAGGUAUGUUUUGGACUCCGGAAUGCAGGUGACUAUAGCUUUUAAUGUAUUCGGUGAGGCGCUGGUGCAGCGUAUGCCUAGGUGUAGACGCGGGUACAUACACGUGGUGAACAAUUGUUUCACGUACUGGGAGAUGUAUGCUAUCGGCGGUAGCGCUAACCCUACCAUUAAUAGUCAGGGUAAUCGCUAUGUUGCACCGGCGGAUCCUAAUGCCAAAGAGGUGACAAAGCGCGUGGUCCCGGACGAAGAGGAGUGGGCGGAUUGGAAUUGGAGGACAGAUGGGGACAUAAUGGUAAAUGGCGCAUUCUUUGUGCCGUCAGGCGCAGGGUUAAGCGCUCAGUACGCAAAAGCAUCGAGCGUGGAGCCCAGAUCUGCUGGGUUAAUUAACCAACUAACCAUGAACGCUGGUGUCUUCGGCGAGCCCAGGGACAAUAAUGUGGGGAUUUCCAAUCCAGGAUUCAACGGUGACGGGACCAGCACCGCCAGCGCCACCAACACGGGUAGUGCGGGGUCCUCCAGUGGUGAUGACGAUGGUAACUUUUUCGGAAUGAUAUUCGGGAGCGGCGCUUCACCACCCCCACCACCCACUUCUAUUAGCUCAAUAUUUUUGUCUCUUUUAAUUAUUUUAAUUUUGUACGCUUGUAUGGUUACCAACCAUGGUGCCAUAUUAUCAUUUCUAUUAUCAUUAUAGAAGUUGAAAUUGAAACAUUCAUCAAAUUGAGGUGUAAAUGGUGGAGAAAAGGGGAAAAAAAUUUCUAAGUAGUUUGUUGACAUUGUUCAUCCAAUUAUUGCAAUUGUAUAGCUUGAAAACAA